AGGUUGCUAGGGGACCUUGGGCGCGUCGACUGAUGUCUGAAGUCCCAGAAGAUUAUACUUCUGACCCCGAUGAGAGUCUGAGUCUGCAGCCUAGAAGAACUAAAUCUGGUAAAUUACAUAAUGCUAAAGCAGACACCAUGUUUGAGGUAAGCUCUGAGCUUACAGACCAAGACCCAGGAAAUGUAGGAAAUGUGCUGCUAGAGCCAACCAGGACACGCAAGAAAGAUUUGGAGGUGCCCGUAGAUAAAAUGCAUAAGGUGCCAGACCUACAACCAUCAGACGUUUCAGUAGGUGGACUCAAAGAACCACCUACAAGAACAGGUACACAGCUACCAACAAAAGUAAAUCCAGAGCAGAAGACACCAGAUUUUCGAAGUGAGAAACAAAGACAAUCAGUUGAAGAGGAAGAUCGACGUCCAUCCAAGAUGACCAAAUCGGAAAAGAAACGAAAAGAGUCAGUUAAAGGUACAGAGCCAUCUGAGGUGACUAAACCGAAGUUCCCAGACCGGAAGCUAAGAAAGUCUACUGAGGAAGCAGAUCUCAAAUCUCCAGAGGAGCUUCAAGUCAAGUCCACAGAGCAGCCUGAGCAGAUGAAAUUCCCAAACAAGAAACAAAGACUGUCAAUUAAAAAGAAAGCCUCAGUCCCACUGGAGGAUUCUGUCGAAGAAUCAAGAAGAUCAAUUGAUGAAGCACGUCUAGAACUAUCAGAAAAGAGGACAUUAAAAGCUUCAAAGAAAGCACAAAAAAGCUCUUUUGAUGAAAAUUUUCCAGAUUUGCUAGAAAAGAUUACUAUAGAACUACUAGAAGAGAUAAAACCAGAUGUCCAAGAGGAGACACAAGAAGAGUCAAUUAAGGAGAAAGUUCCAGAACCAUUAGGGGACAGGAAACUCUCAGCUCAAAAGCACAAGCAGAGAAGAUCAACUGUAGAGUCUAAAUUAAAGGACCCAUUAAUAGAGCUAAGUAAGAAGGACCCAGUGCUACGAACACAGACUGAGCCAGAAUUUCCGAAGGAGAAACUAAUAACGUCAACUGAGGAAACUGGUGACAAGCCACCGCAGAUAACUAAACCAGACAUUCAAGAGAAGUCACAGCCAGACCCAACCGAGAAAAAUCUAGAAUUACCAAAAAAGCCCAAGCCAGGAGAGGAGAGAGAACUUCCCAGGGAAGACAGACCAGAGUCAAGCAAACCUAAGCAUCCUGUAGACAAAGAAGAGCUAGCAUUCUCUGACUAUCACACAAAGCUGCCAGAAAAAAAACCCGCCAAGAUUAAAAAUGAGAUUAUAGUCGGAUCUCCCAGAGAAAGUGUAUUAUCAAUGAGUACAGUUUACGAAACCCACGAAUUCCUCGAAGAUCUUCAGGCUGAUAUGAAUGAACUGUUCUCAGUUUUUCCUGCUUCAGAGUCUCAGACAAAACUGAGGGAGUCGAUAGUUUUACCCCAGGAGGUGGAGCUAUUAGGAUGUAAAGAAUCCAAGCUAAGUCUUAGCCCAGAGUUUGAGCAUCUUACCUGGAGCCCAGAAAGGGUUGCGGACUGGAUCAGUGAUCUAGGAUUCCCUCAAUACAAGAACUGUUUUACUGAAAACUUCAUCAGUGGUCGAAAACUCAUCCAUGUAAACUGCUCCAACCUGCCUCAGAUGGGAAUAACUGAUUUUGAAGAUAUGAAGGCAAUAUCGUACCAUACCCGGGUGCUGCUGGGCAUCGAAGAGCCGCUGUUCAACCGCAGCAUCAGCCUUCCCUACAGGGACAAUCUUGGCUUAUUCUUAGAGCAAAAAGGGCAUAGUGGAGUAAAGUCUGAUUCCUUGACUUUGUCAAAAUUUGUUGAAGCAGCAGGAUUACAGGAGUAUAAUCCAGAGAUAAAAGCCAUGGACAUGAACGAAGACUCGGUGCCAGAAAACAGCCAGGAAGAAAAUGAGGGAUUCUAUGAUGCCACUUAAAGAUGGGGUGUGGCUUGGCAGCAGUGCUGUUGAUCUGGGGUCACCCACACUUUUGUGUGUUGAACUACCUGGGCCUGAUGACCCGGGGCCUACGUCAGAUAAGAGCACGUCUUAGUCUGAUGGCAAUGAUUCUGAGAAUAAAAAUGAAGAUAGAAGCUGGAGAGUCAACUCAGCAGGUCAGAGUGCUUCCUGUUCCUCUCCUGCCCCCUUCUGACAUCCAUAAGCAUCUGACAACUGUGCUGCACACAAACUCAUGCAGAUGAGCGUGCACACACAGUACACAAAGGUUUGUGGAGUGGAGCUUAAAACGGUCCCAAAAUAUCAGUCAGUUUCCAGA